AUGAAUACUGCAUCAAACACUACCGUCGAAGCAGCUCAAAUCGGCACUGCUUCAAGAGGCGAGUUGAUGCUACCUCUGGAAGUCUCCGAGACGCAGCGCCACGGAAAGCAGGCGGGAGAGUCCGCCAAGACGAAAGAUGCGCAGCUAGCUCAGCAGCCGACACUUCCGGAGCUGCCAAGAUAUCAGAAGGUGAUACUGUGGACUGGGAUUGCUCUCACCGCAUAUGCAAAUGGCCUAGACAACUUUACCAUGUCGGUCUACCUUCAGGAGGCUGCCUCUGAGUUCAACGGCAUUGUGCAGUACACUACUCUGGCCGUAAUUCAAAGCAUGAUCCUCGGCGUUGGCAAACCUGUCUUCGCCAAACUGGCCGACACGUUUGGCCGGGCCUUCACCUAUGCUAUCUCGAUUCUCUUCUUCACCGUCGGCACCAUUGUGAUCUCGUCAUCCCGCUCCAUUCAAGGCCUCGGCGCCGGUAUGGUCUUCUUCUCCAUCGGGAACACCGGCAUCACGUUCAGCCAAUCGGUCACCAUUGCCGACCUCGUCGGCGUCAGGUGGCGCACCACCAUCGGCAAUGUCUUCGCUAUCCACUUCGUCAUCAACUUUGGCAUCGCGAGCAAGAUCACAGCGGCCUUGAUUCCCGACCGCUGGCGCUGGGGCGUCGGCAUGUUCACCAUCAUCAAUCCCUUCGUCACGGCGCCCAUCAUCACCGUCCUCGGCCUGCAGCAGUGGCGGGCGUACGAGGCCGGCCAGCUGGCGCCUUACCCGUAUCGCGGCAUGGGCUUCUGGACCGCGCUCAGGGCUUUGGCCAGCGACUUGGAUCUCAUCGGCCUCUUCACCAUGGCUGGUGGGUUCCUGCUCAUCCUCCUCCCGCUCACCAUCGCCGGCGCCGCUCCGCACGGCUACCAGACCAGCUACAUCAUCGCCAUGUUCGUCCUGGGCGCCGCCCUCCUUGCCCUCUGGCCCCUCGUGGAGCUCAAGGUGGCCAAGACGCCGCUCGUCAACAUGCGCAAGAUCGCGCGCAACCCCAACGUGCUCGUCCCCGCCGCCAUCAUCUUCUGCGACCAGUUCAGCUACGCCAUGACCUACACGCCCGCCUUCCAGUGGUGCCGCAUCAUGUUCGGCUGGGGCGUCGCCGACGCCACCUACUUCUACUACACGCAGUCGCUGUGCCUCGUCGUCUUCGGCAUCGCGGGCGGCGUCGCCGCCACCGUGACCCGGCGCUACAAGUGGGUCACCUUCGCGGGCGCCUGCGUCCGCCUGCUCGGCCUCGGGCUCAUGGUGCGCUACCGCGACGCCGGCAGCUCGAUCAUCCAGGCCGUCAUGCCGCAGGUCAUCCAGGGCCUCGGCGGCGGGCUGAUGACGGCCAACAUCCUGGUCGCGGCGCAGGCGGCCGUGCCGCACUCCGAGAUGGCCAUCGUGACGGGCUUCUACCUCCUCACGCUGCAGCUGGGCAGCGCCAUUGGCGCCGCUGUAGUCGGCGCCAUCCAGAAGCAGCUGCGCGGCGAGCUACAUGAGUUUCUUGAUCCCCUUGUCAACUCCACCGUCGUAGAGAAGAUCUACGCGCAGGGCAGCAACGCACUUACGGCGUACCCCAUCGGCACGCCUGUCAGGGCGGGUGUCAUCAAGGCGUGGAGCCUGAACAUGCAUCAGAUCAUCACCGGUGCAGUCACCAUUGCCGCUGUCGACGUCAUCCUCUGCGCGUUGUUGCCGGACAAAGAGCUUUCCGACAACCAGAACCUGGUGGAUGAUGAGCCUGUUUCUACUUUUGCUCCCACUGCGCUCAGGCCCAUGCGGAAGGUACAAGAGGCGCAGGCGUAA